GGAGGCACGGUGGGGACAAAUACGUUUUGCCCCACUCCACGGGCAAAUCUCCCUACUCCUCUAAAACGUUAGCACGUCGCGCUUCGCUAUCGCUCCGGAAUCACGGACAAAUCAAACAUGGCGAUUCAGUCGCUGUUUGCGGUAAAGGCGUACGGUUCGUGGAAUGGGAGCGGAUGAAUAUCGUUGGACGAGGCAGUGUUUUUUAAUACGGUAAUGUGUGCUUGUACCACUGUAAAUCGCCAGAUUUUAGAUAAUAUCACAAACAUGGAGAUUCAGAAUGACAAGACGUCGAUAGAGAAAGUGUCUGGCGGCAUCGACGGGCUACGUGACGUGAAGGGCGUAAAAGCAGAGCCGACGCCUGCGGCGUCAUCGUUGCCAGCCUCAGAACAGGAAUCGCACUCUACUGGCGAAAACAUCAACGAGGGCACCUACAUCAACAAAACAACUUAUAUUAAAUCAGUGAUAAACAAUGUCGGAAUAUUUGAGAGUGGGAGUGGCAGCGGAGAUCAAGAGGGAUGUCAUCAUGAAGAUGGAAAUGAUAUUGCAGCUAAAAAGAGAAAGACUCGCAGAGGUAAACCUAAGCAUAGAAAACUAAAGCCGUAUUCAAAACAACAGUUAUCCUAUCAGCAGCAACUAAGAUAUAGAUCCAGAGAUCGAUUAGCAAAAACUGGUAGACAACCACCAGCACCAUAUAAUACUACACAAUUUCUUAUGAAUGAUCACAGUGAUCUUCCAGACCUUGACCAGAAACUCUCGAAAGCUGUUUCUUCUGAAAUUCCUGCUACAUUUCAGAAACCAUCAGCUCAAACUCGUACUAGAGACUCAAGUUUCAGUGUAGAUUCAGACGAGGAUUACUUUUACUCAUCGCCGGAAAACGAAGAAGAAUUUUUGACAAAGGAAUUCUCAACAGCGUAUGAAACUCUUCACGCAGAAAGGUUGAGUACAUUAAGUAAAUCAGAACUGAUACAAGAAUACAUUCAAUUGGAGGCCAAAGUCGAUUUACUGACAAAACGGUUACGUGGGAAAAAUUUUCACCAGUCGGAAGAACGAGACUUAGAGAGCCAAAGUAGUAGUACAGAUUCGGAGUCGACAAAAAAAUUAAAAAUCUGCCAACAACGAAUUGACGAUCUGACGCAACAAAAUGAACAGCUGAAACGAGAGAAUGAUUCGUUGAGGGCUCAAAGACACGGCAGUCCGGUUUCAAGUGUUGAUAGCGAAAGCGAUAGUGAUAGUACAAGUAAUGGGAAUAAAAGCAGAUGCGACUGCAACUUUUCGAGUUCUAACUCCUCAGAACCUGUGGAUAAUGGGUUUAGAUUAGAAAAGAAUAAUUCAGCAGAGGGAGGUAAAAGCAGGACAAAUAAUUCAGUGGCUACUCAUAGUAGUAGUACCACCACCACCUCAUAUGAAAGUACAGGGCUUGCAGACAAUGAGCUUAGAUUAGAGAAGAGUAAUUCAGUGGAGGAAGGUAAAAGCAGGACAAAUAAUUCAGUGUCUACUGAUGGUAGUAGUAGUAGUACUACCUCAUAUAAGAGUUCAGGACUUGCAGACAAUGGGCUUAGAUUAGAGAAGAGUAAUUUAGUGGAGGAAGGUAAAAGCAGGACAAAUAAUUCAGUGUCUAUUGAUAGUAGUAGUAGUAGCAGCAGUAGUAGUAGUAGUAGUAUCUCGUAUGAGAGUUCUAACGAAUCUGUAACUCAAGUUGAUCGUUCAGAUGAUCAUGUAAAACAGUUUUAUAUUUGUGAUACUUAUGAUCUUUCCGAUUCCUCCCCAUAA